UUUUUUUAAUCUUUUCCGAAAUUCGACAUUGUCCGAGUAAAACCUAACCCGUCGAACAUUAAAAAUUAAAAUAGGUAUCUGUUAAUUUAUUUAAAUCUUUGCAGAUUCGCCAUUUCAACCGUUCAACAUGAGUCUUGUAUCGAAAUUAAUUGGUAAACGGUACAUCACUCAGGCAAUCCAAUAUGUUCCUAGUGCAGGUUUUUAUGGCGCUACAGGAUUCACCCUCUUGUGUUACUUUACUGACUGGAAAUUGGUAUUGCAAUACGUGCCAUACUACAAUACAAAAUUUCCCAAGGAAGUGGCAGAAGAAUAAUCCAAUAAGCAAUAUGUAAAAAAUUAUAGUGUUCUUAAUAUCUGUUAAAAUAAAAACAGUACCCUUGAUAAAUAUGUACCUAAGUGGAUGUUUUUUUUUUUGUGAUUGAUGUACUAUUAUUUUAAGAAUUAUUGAUUAAAAUACAAAUUAUCAUUAGCCAGUAGCCUUUAAUUUAUUUGCUUGCUUUGUAGUAAAACAAUGUAAUUUGUUAUAAAUUAUAAUUCUUAAACUACUAGUUAUGAAGUAUAAAGUAUAUAUAACCGGAUUGUUGAAAAGCCUAUAUUAUAUUUCGUUUAAAACCACUAGUUUUGUACUAUUCAAUAUUUCAAUAUUUUUUU